AGGGGACCUUUGCAGGGAUAAAUGGGCAGCGGCCCCUGGAAAGCCCAGCAUUGCGGGCAGGUGGCGGCUCUGGCUCCACUCAGCGCAUCCCGCUCUGCGAGGCAGACAUGAGGGCGGAGGGCAUGUCCCCCUUCCUGGCUCUGGGGCUCCUGGUGGCUGGGCUCUGCUCCAGGGUCCACUGCGUCCCAGCGGAUGACCUUGCCUCAAAGAUUGUGACCCUGAAGGACCAGAUCAAGAAGCUGCCAGCGCCCAACACCGCCGUCGUCUCCAGCAACACCGACUUCGCCUUCAGCCUCUACAAGCAGCUGGCUCUGACGAACCGUCAUAAGAAUAUCAUCUUCUCCCCGCUGAGCAUCUCCAUGGCCUUGGCCUUCCUGUCUCUGGGGGCCCAAGGCCCCACCCUGACAGAGCUCCUGGAAGGCCUCAAGUUCAAUGUCACAGAGACCCCUGAGGCAGAAAUCCACCAGGGCUUCCAGCACCUCCUGCAGGCCCUCAGCCAACCCAGCAACCUGCUGCAGCUGAACGUGGGCAACGCCAUGUUCAUUGAUGAGCGGCUGAAGCUGCUGGACAAGUUCGUCCGAGAGGCCCAUGAGCUGUACCACUCCGAGGCCUUCUCCACUGACUUCCAGGAUUUAGAAACUGCCAGGAGACUCAUUAAUGACUAUGUGAAGAACAAAACCGAGGGGAAAAUCGUGGAGUUGAUCAAGAAGCUUUUCCCUCGGACCGUGGCCGUCCUGGUGAAUUACAUUUACUUUAAAGCCCAGUGGAUGACACACUUUGAUACCAACCUCACUACGGAGGCAGAUUUCUACGUGAGCAAGAACAGGACGGUGAGGGUGCCCAUGAUGGGCAUUAAGAACCUGACCGUGCCCUACUUCCGGGACGAGGAGCUGGCCUGCACGGUGGUGGAGCUCCCGUACACCAGCAACGACAGCACGCUCUUCAUCCUCCCUGACGACGGCAGGAUGGCAUCCGUGGAAGCCAAGCUGCUCCCGGAGACGCUGAGGAGGUGGAGAGCCUCCCUGCACCCCAGGCGGAUAGACGCCCUCCACCUGCCACGGUUUUCCAUCUCCAGCGACUAUAAACUGCAGGAGAUCCUUCCCCGGCUGGGCAUCAAGAAAAUCUUCAGUGAGGAGGCUGACCUGUCAGGAAUCACAGAUACAACACCCUUGUGUGUUUCCCAGGUGGUCCACAGCGCCAUGCUGGAUGUGGGUGAGGAGGGCACGGAAGGAGCCGCGUCCACAGGAGUCGUCAUAGAAAGGAAGUCCUUUGAGAAUUUCAUCGUGCGAUUUGACAGCCCCUUUCUGUUCGCCACGGUCCUCAGAGACACCCAGAGCAUCAUCUUUCUGGGCAAAGUCGUCAACCCCCGUCCAGACCAGAGCUCCCCUCUGAGCCGUGAGGAUUCUCGCUGAGGAGCUGGGUUCUCUGGGCCCUGGGGGCAGCCUGGCCUCUACUCAGCCAUGAGCUGCCUCACCUUGCCUGCUCCCACUGACCCUUGGAAGGUGACAGUCACCUUCUGGUGGCUCCACACACACAGGGGUCUGCGCCCUGCUCCGGGGAGGCUCUGAGACCUCCCACAGCAAUAAAGCAUCUUUCUGAACUGGA